CCCUACUUUCGCUUCACAAACCACAUGUUUCACAACCAUGUCCGUAGUUAUUCACAACAUGCAGAGGUUAAUCAAACUGGACCUGCGGAGGUUGGAGAGGGACGUGCGCUAUUUACGGCGCUUGAUGGGUCUUACUAGUUUCCAUAUGGGAAUUCAGUGCGUUGAAGACGAUGAAAUAUCGGAGGCGAACAUAGUUUACCGAGGCGUAGAAGGUGCGACAGACGUUUUGGCCUUCCCAUUCCUGGAGGACUUGGAGCCCGGGAAACCACUGCCAGAGAUUGCUGAUCCGGACAGGAGACUUCUGGGAGACCUGAUGUUGGGUAUCCCUUAUAUACACAAAAACGCUCAGUUAAAUAGGGAACAGCUGGAAGGAACACUCAGUGUGAUGGUCCUGCAUGGUAUGUGUCAUUUGAUUGGCUACGAUCACGAGACUAAGGACCAAUGGCAACAGAUGUACAAUAAAGAAUUGACGAUUCUUGACAAAUUCAACCAGAAAACUGGAUACACCUGUAAACCUCUUUUGGGCAUUGGCCACGGAUGAUGUGUUGUAAAAUACAGUUUUGCAUCAUUUUAUAGUCGUCCUUUUCACUCUUGAAAAAGAAAUUGAAUUCAAACUGUGCUAGAACUUUAAAAAAAAGUACAUGUACAUGUGAUAUCUGUUGGAUACACAUAGAUAAAUUAAUGGGAAGAAUAAUUGAUCUGGAGAUGAAUUUGCGCUAAAUGACAGCUUUUCAAGGUGGACAUAUAUGGGUGCACGUGCCAACAUUGGAACCUUAGUACUUAUACCACUUGUCUACUUGCUGGCUCUGUCGGACAACAACUUACGAAUCCCUGUGCCGAUGUAGAAUGUGAAAUUUCCCUAUAGCUUUUCACACAUGCAGUAUAUAGAGUGCAACCCCACCCCACCCCACCCUUAAAUUCAUUUUUUGAUAUAUAUAUAUGUAUACUAUUAGUGUAGUGGGACGGUGACAGGGAGCUCCGGUUGAUUAGCAGUCAUUUUGUUAGAUAAAGGAUUCCAAGAUUCGAAUCUCGGUCUUUUUUACAGACAGAAUGCUGUUGUUUAUGAACAACUGUAAAUAAGAAAUAAAAAAAAAAUGAAUGUUUAUCUUGA